AGUGUGUAAAGAGUCGUUCACCCAAAAGAACAUUCUCUUGGUCCAUUAUAAUUCAGUUUCUCAUCUGCAUAAGUUGAAGAAGGUUUUGCAGGAAGCCUCCAGUCCUGUUCCGCAAGAAACCAACAGCAGCACAGAUAACAAACCCUAUAAGUGCAGCAUCUGCAAUGUUGCGUACAGCCAAAGCUCGACACUGGAAAUCCAUAUGAGGUCCGUGCUCCACCAGACGAAGGCGAGGGCUGCCAAGCUGGAGCCGAGCGGCCACGUGGCUGGUGGGCACGGCAUGGCGGCCAACAGUAGUCCCGGCCAAGGGAUGCUAGAUUCCAUGAGUUUAGCGACAGUAAGCAGCAAAGAUGCCCACUUAGAUGCCAAAGAAUUAAAUAAAAAGCAAACUCCGGAAUUGAUCUCUGCCCAGCCUACCCAUCACCCACUGCAGUCACCAGCACAAAUCCAGAUGCAGUUACAGCACGAGUUACAACAGCAGGCCGCGUUCUUUCAGCCUCAGUUUCUAAACCCUGCCUUUUUGCCUCAUUUCCCUAUGACCCCAGAAGCUCUGUUGCAGUUUCAGCAGCCUCAGUUUCUCUUCCCAUUCUACAUCCCUGGGACGGAGUUCAGCUUGGGGCCAGAUCUGGGCUUGCCCGGCUCGGCCACGUUUGGCAUGCCCGGCAUGACAGGAAUGGCUGGAUCCUUGCUGGAAGACUUGAAGCAGCAGAUUCAAACCCAGCACCACGUUGGCCAAACUCAACUGCAAAUACUACAGCAACAAGCACAACAGUACCAGGCCAGCCAGCCCCAGCUGCAGCCCCAGAAGCAGCAGCAGCAGCAGCAGCAGCAGCAGCAACAGCAGCAACAGCAACAGCAGCAGCAGCAACAGCAGCAACAGCAGGCAGCAAGCAAAUUAUUGAAACAAGAGCAGACGAGCGGAGCCAGUUCAGACUGCCCUGUCCUGAAGGACGGGCCGUCUUACAAGGAGGCAGAAGAGAUUGCUGAAAAGCAAGAAAAGCCAAAGCAAGAAUAUUCCAGCGAAGGCGAAGGACUCAAAGAAGGCAAAGACCUCAAGAAGCAAAAAUCCUCGGAACCCUGCAUCCCGCCGCCCCGAAUAGCUUCAGGGGCCAGAGGAAAUGCAGCCAAGGCUUUAUUGGAAAACUUUGGUUUUGAACUGGUCAUCCAGUACAACGAAAACAGGCAGAAGGUACAGAAGAAGGGCAAAAGUGGUGAAGGGGAAAACACUGACAAACUGGAAUGCGGGACGUGUGGCAAGUUGUUUUCCAAUGUUCUUAUUUUGAAGAGUCACCAAGAACAUGUCCACGGGCAAUUUUUUCCAUACGGAGCACUAGAAAAAUUUGCUCGUCAGUACAGGGAGGCCUAUGACAAGCUGUAUCCAAUUUCGCCAUCUUCACCAGAAACGCCACCUCCUCCACCUCCCCCGCCUCCUCUGCCUCCAGCUCCUCCGCAGCCUUCUUCCUUGGGUCCCGUGAAACUCCCAAGCACGGUUUCCACUCCUCUGCAAGCACCACCACCCACUCCCCCUCCGCCACCACCCCCGCCCCCUCCCCCGCCCCCUCCCCCGCCCCCUCCCCCUUCGGCUCCCCCCCAGGUCCAGCUGCCUGUUUCUCUGGACCUUCCACUCUUUCCUUCCAUUAUGAUGCAGCCCGUGCAGCACCCUGCACUCCCUCCCCAGCUCGCCCUGCAGCUGCCCCAGAUGGACACUCUGUCUGCCGAUCUCACUCAGCUUUGCCAACAGCAGCUCGGAAUAGAUCCCAACUUCUUAAGGCAUUCUCAGUUCAAACGCCCGCGGACAAGAAUUACCGACGACCAGCUAAAAAUCCUGAGGGCUUACUUCGACAUCAACAAUUCCCCGAGUGAAGAGCAGAUCCAAGAAAUGGCGGAGAAAUCGGGCCUCUCUCAAAAAGUUAUCAAGCACUGGUUUCGAAAUACGCUUUUUAAGGAACGGCAGCGAAACAAGGAUUCACCCUACAACUUCAGUAACCCUCCCAUAACUGUUUUGGAAGAUAUCCGAAUUGAUCCACAGCCCUCCUCUUUAGAACAUUACAAAUCGGAUGCGUCGUUCAGCAAAAGGUCUUCUAGAACGAGAUUUACCGACUACCAGCUUAGGGUUCUCCAAGACUUCUUUGACACAAACGCUUACCCAAAGGAUGAUGAAAUAGAACAACUCUCCACUGUUCUCAAUCUCCCCACCCGGGUGAUUGUCGUGUGGUUCCAGAAUGCUCGUCAGAAAGCACGCAAGAGUUACGAGAACCAAGCAGAAACGAAAGACAACGAGAAGAGGGAACUCACUAACGAACGGUAUAUUCGAACAAGCAACAUGCAGUACCAGUGUAAAAAGUGCAAUGUGGUUUUCCCCCGGAUCUUUGACUUGAUUACGCAUCAGAAGAAGCAGUGUUACAAGGAUGAAGAUGAUGAUGCCCAAGAUGAGAGCCAAACCGAAGACUCCAUGGAUGCCACCGAUCAAGUGGUGUAUAAGCACUGCACAGCGUCUGGUCAGACGGACGCGGCCAAAAACCCCGCUGCCCCUGCGGCGAGCUCUGGCUCUGGGACGAGCACCCCCUUGAUCCCGUCACCCAAACCGGACCUGGAGAAGACCUCUCCGAAGCCCGAAUAUCCCACAGAAAAGCCAAAGCAGAGGGACCCCUCUCCCCCUUCUCAAGGCAGCAAGCCAGCCCUGCCAUCAGCGUCAACCUCCUCAGACCCACCCCAGGCCUCGGCAGCUCCGCCACAGCCCCAGCCACCGAAACAACCCCCACUCGUCGGAAGACCUCCGUCGGCCUCGCAGACCCCGGUCCCUUCCAGCCCACUGCAGAUUUCCAUGACUUCUCUCCAGAACAGUCUACCUCCACAGUUACUACAAUACCAAUGUGAUCAGUGUACGGUUGCCUUCCCCACUCUGGAACUCUGGCAGGAGCACCAGCACAUGCACUUCCUUGCUGCUCAAAACCAAUUCCUCCACUCGCCAUUCUUGGAAAGGCCCAUGGAUAUGCCCUACAUGAUAUUCGACCCCAACAACCCGCUGAUGACCGGACAGCUGCUGAGUGGUUCUCUGGCACAGAUGCCACCUCAGACCGGCUCCUCCCACGCCACAGCGCCCGCGACGGUCGCUGCUUCCCUGAAAAGGAAACUGGAUGACAAAGAGGACAAUGCUUGCAGUGAAAAGGAGGGAGGGAACAGCGGUGAGGACCAACACCGCGAUAAACGCUUGAGAACCACGAUCACCCCGGAACAACUGGAAAUACUCUAUGAGAAGUACUUGCUGGAUUCCAACCCUACCAGGAAAAUGCUUGAUCAUAUUGCACGUGAAGUGGGGCUGAAGAAACGGGUCGUGCAAGUCUGGUUCCAGAACACCCGAGCUCGAGAAAGGAAAGGCCAGUUCCGGGCAGUGGGCCCAGCACAGUCCCACAAACGGUGUCCUUUCUGUCGAGCCCUGUUCAAGGCAAAGUCAGCCUUAGAAAGCCACAUCCGCUCUCGGCACUGGAAUGAAGGAAAGCAGGCGGGUUACAGCUUGCCACCAAGCCCUUUGAUAUCAGCAGAAGAUGGGGGAGAGAGCCCUCAGAAAUACAUUUAUUUUGAUUAUCCGUCUCUGCCGCUAACUAAAAUGGAUCUAUCAAGUGAGAACGAAUUGGCUUCCACAGUGUCCACGCCUGUGAGCAAAACCGCAGAGCUGUCGCCGAAGAAUCUUCUAAGCCCUUCCUCUUUUAAAGCAGAAUGUCCUGAGGAUGUAGAGAAUUUAAAUGCCCCUCCUGCUGAGGCAGGGUAUGAUCAAAAUAAAACUGAUUUUGAUGAGACUUCAUCGAUUAAUACAGCGAUCAGUGACGCCACCACCGGCGACGAGGGCACCGCUGAGAUGGAAAGCACCACGGGAAGUUCCGGAGAUGUGAAGCCAGCUUUAUCUCCUAAAGAGCCCAAAACUCUGGACGCUUUGCCAAAACCCGCGACCACACCCACCACGGAGGUCUGCGAUGAAAAAUUUCUCUUCUCUCUCACGAGUCCCUCUAUCCAUUUCAACGAUAAGGACGGCGACCACGACCAAAGCUUUUAUAUCACAGAUGACCCCGAUGACAAUGCCGACCGCAGCGAAACAUCCAGCAUAGCAGACCCGAGUUCACCGAAUCCCUUUGGAUCCAGCAAUCCUUUUAAAUCCAAAAGCAACGAUCGACCAGGUCACAAGCGUUUCAGAACCCAAAUGAGCAAUCUUCAACUCAAGGUUCUCAAGGCUUGCUUCAGUGACUACCGAACUCCCACCAUGCAAGAAUGUGAGAUGUUAGGCAAUGAGAUUGGCCUGCCCAAACGCGUGGUCCAGGUGUGGUUCCAAAAUGCAAGGGCAAAGGAAAAGAAGUUUAAAAUUAACAUAGGGAAGCCUUUCAUGAUUAAUCAAAGUGGAACAGAAGGCACCAAACCGGAAUGUACCCUCUGCGGGGUGAAGUACUCUGCCCGCUUGUCCAUCAGAGAUCAUAUUUUCUCCAAACAGCACAUUUCAAAAGUGAGGGAGACCGUGGGGAGCCAGCUCGAUCGGGAGAAAGAUUACUUGGCUCCGACCACCGUUCGACAGCUGAUGGCACAGCAAGAACUUGAUCGUAUCAAGAAAGCUUCAGAUGUGCUGGGCUUAGCGGUGCAGCAGCCAGGCAUGAUGGACAGCGGCUCCCUCCAUGGCAUCAGUCUGCCGGCGGCCUACCCAGGACUCCCCGGCCUCCCUCCGGUUCUGCUCCCUGGAAUGAAUGGUCCAUCCUCCUUGCCUGGAUUUCCACAAAAUUCAAACACUUUAACACCUCCCGGUGCAGGCAUGCUUGGGUUUCCCACUUCAGCUACUUCGUCUCCUGCCCUGUCUCUCAGCAGUGCCCCCACCAAACCUUUGCUGCAGACGCCACCACCUCCGCCGCCUCCUCCUCCUCCUCCUCCUCCAUCCUCUCUGUCAGGACAGCAGACCGAGCUGCAGAACAAAGAAUCCGAGAAAAAGCAAAGUAAGCCAAACAAGGUCAAAAAAAUCAAAG